AUGGGUGAGUCUCGAUAUCUUUUCGUGGUCAAAGAUCCCAAAUCCCUGUCAUUCUCCAGAAGCGAUGACCACGAGAGGCGAUUGAUCCACCGUCAUGCACAGAUCGACAGCAUGCAUCGACGACGGGCGUCGCCGAAUCACAAAAUUUACACGGAUGGGCAACUACCAUUCAUUCAAGUCAACCCAGGUAUCAAAGCUGGCACCAGCAAUAGACCUGUGGUACAUGACAUCCCUCGGGUACCGGCUGACGAAAUGCGCAUCAUCGAUCCUUUUGCAAGUACCGUGGUCAAUGUGGACCGGAAAGCUCAUGGUCUCCUUCAAUAUUUCAUCCAUGUUUCCCACCCUAGGACAUGGUAUUCGGAAGUGCAGAACGAUCGCACCUAUACCUUUCAGAAGGACGUCCUCGCUCUGGUCAAGGGAUGUCUCGAGAACGAGGUUCAUUUUUACACCUUGCUGGCCUCCAUGGCCAGUCAAAUGGAGUAUUUUGACCUGAUAAACCGAGACGACGAAACCACAAGUCAAAUUGCAACAAAAGCCAUUGGCGCCGUUCGCCAGCACCUGAGAUCUUCUCCUCUUAUUGAUCAAAGGCUUAUUUUCGACAUACAUCAACUGGCCGUUACAGAUUUCUAUCGAUACGAACUGAAGUCGGCUCUCAUUCAUCUCACCGCAGCCAAAAGCCUUCUUUCGCAUAUCGGAGGCAUUGACCGAAUCGAUCCUUCGCUCCGGGAAUGGAUUGUGAUUGGGGAUGGCUAUCUGGCAGCAGAACUACUCCAGAAGCCACUGUUUCCUGCUUCGUGUUUCGACCCAGGCGACCUGGAGCCGGAACAUGCUAAUGAUACUGGUGAUCACCCUGAUAUCACCGCUCAAUGGUUCCAGGAGCCAAAGUAUGUCAAGAUUCUGCCAAACCCGAUGCACCAGGUGCUUCUGGAUUUGGCUGCGACAGUCGAUGCCAUGCGACGGCAGUCUGAAUCAGAGGCCACAGAUGGAAAUGCCCCUGCUGGAUCUAAAGCAUCCCUUCACUGGCUCCUUCUCCGAACAAGCGCACUCAGGCACCGACUUCUCGAACUCGACAUUGACGAUGGCAAAGUGGAUGCCAUCAGGAUCGUCUUGAUCAUAUGGUUAUUCAUGGUAAUGACCGUGACUGGUCGCCGGCGAACAUGCAAAGUCCUCGCUUCGAAACUGAGACGUCGACUAGAAGGCAUUGGACGGGAGGACUGGAACGGAUAUGGAGAUGUCCACCUGUGGGUGCUUCUCGUUGGUGCCAUGUCUUGCGAAACAAAAGAUCGCGGGUGGUUCCUUCAAGCAAUCCUAGAGACGGAGAGUCCGGGUUCUUGGGACACGCACAAAUCGUUCUCGGAAGACGAGCUUGCAAAGCUAUUCAGUCGCUUUUCCUACCUCGACCUGUACCAGCGGGGCCUGCUGCAAGCUGUCAGCUGCGAUUUGAAUGUUCUAGCACCUCACACGGCCGGGGACUGUGACGAUGCCUCACCAACGUCCAGACACUGUUAG